AUGGCAAUUGUUGUUUCAGCAUUUGCUGCAUUUGGUGGCUUUUUAUAUGGUUAUGACACUGGUACCAUCUCGGGAAUAAUCGAUAUGCCAUUUUUUCUUGAAAAAUAUGGUUAUCUACAGAACAAUGCAACGGCUACGUAUGUUCUUCGAUCAAGUGACAAAAGUUUAAUUGUUUCGAUUUUGUCUGCUGGUACAUUUGUCGGUGCAUUACUUGGUUAUCCAUCUAGUGAUUAUCUCGGACGUCGAUGGGGCCUAAUCUUGGCAUGUUUAAUCUUUUCAAUUGGUGUUGCAUUUCAAGUAGCAGCAACAGCCACACCCCUAUUUGUCGUCGGUCGUGUUGUUGCAGGUCUGGGUGUUGGAAUUAUUUCUUGUAUUGUUCCAAUGUAUCAAAGUGAAUGUGCACCGAAAUGGAUUCGUGGUGCGAUUGUAUCUGGUUAUCAAUGGUUCAUUACCAUUGGACUGUUGAUAGCUGCGAUAGUCAACAAUGGAACGAAAGAUAUCAUGUCGUACAAUUGUUAUCGAAUUCCACUUGGUAUACAACUUAUUUGGGCAGCGAUUCUUGCCGGUGGAAUGUUUUUAUUGCCUGAAUCUCCUCGAUAUUUAAUCUUAAAAGAACGUGUUGAACAAGCGACAAAAUCACAAGCACGACUUGCAUCGAAAAGCGUCGAUCAUCCCGAUGUGCAGAAUGAUAUUCAGGAAAUAGUUGCCAACACGGAAUUGAUGAAACAAUAUGGCAGUACGAGUUAUCUUGAUUGUUUCAAGAUGGGACCUCAAAAGAAUCUUAUCCGCACCUUAGUUGGAAUUUUUCUGCAAGCUUGGCAACAGCUAACUGGAAUUAACUUCAUUUUCUAUUAUGGAACAUCUUUCUUUCAUUCAUCAGGAAUUUCUCAACCAUUUUUGAUCACGAUUGCCACGAAUGUUGUGAAUGUCGGUAUGACCAUUCCUGGUAUAUUGCUGAUGGACAAACUUGGCCGAAGGAAGAUUUUAAUUAUUGGUGCAGCGGGAAUGUUGGUUUGUGAAUAUCUUAUCGCCAUUAUUGGAACUAUUGUUGGACAAUCAAAUGAAGCAGCUCAGAAAACAUUGAUCGCAUUCGUCUGUAUUUACAUUGCGUUUUUUGCAGCAACUUGGGGUCCAGCCGCUUGGGUAGUGACAGGAGAGAUAUAUCCAAUAUCAAUUCGAGCCAAGUGUAUGUCAUUUUCAAGUGCGUCAAAUUGGCUGUUUAACUUUGCACUUGGUUAUGCAACACCAUACAUGGUUGAUGAAGAUAAAGGGAACAUGGGAUCAAAAGUGUUCUUUGUGUGGGGUUCAACUUGUCUCGGUUGUCUACUUUUUGCAAUCUUCUGUAUUUGGGAAACGAAAGGAUUGUCACUUGAACAAGUAAAUUAUUUGGUGAGAAAUUCUUCACCAAUUCGAUCGGCUAAACUUAACCAGCAACUUCGAUCAGGUGAAGUCAUUGAAAAAGAAACAAAUUUCGUUCAAUUGGGUCAAUUUCCUGAAAUGUCCUCUCACACAGCUGUUGGAAUUUCACCCAAAGUAACUGAUAACAAACAUACAGACGAUAAAAUUAAACGUGUGUCGCUUGAUGCAGUUUCAGAUGGCACAGACAGAAUUUGA